AUGCAGCAAGGGCUGGAAGGAAUGGGGCAGCUCCCCACAAACAUCCAGAUAAGAGAGCCAAGCGAGGCCGUGCUGGCUCCCCGCACGCCCAGCCCGGCCCCGGCGUCCCGCGGGGGAUGCUCGGUGCUGCGGAACCGAGAGCGAAACCCCGGAUGGGGCAGGGCAGGGGACACACACGGCUGUGAGGAUGGCGAGGAUGAGGAUGGCGAGGAUGGUGAAGAUGAGGAUGGUGAGGGUGAGGAUGGUGAAGAUGAGGAUGGUGAGGGUGAGGAUGAUGAGGACGAUAAGGAUGAGCCCGAGCGCGGCCCCGCCGCAGAUUCGCUCCCCGGGACCCCCCCGGGACCCCCGGACGGGCUCCGGCAGGACUCGCUGGAGCUCAUCAGCCGCUACCUCCGGGAGGUGGCGGGCGAGGCGCAGCCCAGCGCUAAGAAGCUUUUCCCGGGGCUCCUGGGUGGUCCCGGGCGGCCCGGCGCGGCGGGGGAUGCGGUGAUGGAGAAGUCGCUGGACACGCUGCGGAGGAUCGGAGACGGCGUCAUGCGGAAACACGAGCUCGCCUUUCAAGGAAUGCUGCGGAAGCUGGAAAUCCAGCAGGAGGAGGACCUGCAGUCGGUGGUGGAGGUGGCUGCACACUUGUUCAGCGAUGGGGUGACCAACUGGGGCCGUGUGGUGACGCUCAUCGCCUUCGGAGCCUUCGUGGCCAAGCACCUGAAGAGCAUCAAGCAGGAGCAGAGCAUCAGUUCCCUGGCUGGGAUCAUCACAGACGCCCUGGUGUCCUCCAAGAGAGAGUGGCUGGAGAGCCAGGGGGGCUGGGAGGGCUUUGUGGACUUUUUCCGAGUGGAGGACCUGGAGGGCAGCAUCCGGAACGUUCUGAUGGCGUUUGCAGGAGUGGCCGGCCUGGGGGCUGGCUUGGCCUACAUGAUCCGAGCUGACGAUACAAAAAGGAGGAAUUAAUUGUGAACGUGGGUGCACUGCGCUUCAUUCCUCGCGGGAAGUGGCAUUUUUGUGGCAAAACCUCUCCUCCUGCCUUGACUCAUCUCAAGGACUUGAGCAGCACAGCCAGGGAGGGUGACAAGCCUCGUGGACUCGGUGUGACCACGGCUGGCUGGCAACAGCUGACGUUUCUGUUUGUUUUAAUCUUAUUUUUGGUGCCUCUUGCCCUCCUGGCUGGGGGGCAGGGAGCUGUGGAAAUCCAUCUGGCCACUUCCCUUCUCUUCCCUUCCUCUUGCUCCUCCAAGCCAUGAGCUGGACAAAGCUGAUGUUUGAAUGUAAAACGUCCUGGGGCUGCCUCUGCCUCAGUCCUGCAGCUCCUGCAGGUUCCUCAGGGCUGGCCUGGGCUCCCCUGCUGGCACCGUCCUUGUCCCCAGGACGUGACCUGGAGCCUGAGCCCUGCCCAGCUCAGCGAUGGUGCUACAGCCAGGCCCUGCUUGUGUGCAAAACAAGCUGUAGUUUGGUCAAUAAAUGUCUUUUUUUUUUUG